CCGCAUUUCGGACCAUCCAUUGUCCUCAAAAACACGAACCGACACCUUUUUCAAUCGUCGUCGUCUUCCGAUCCCUCUCUCAGAUCGAGUUUCGAUUCUCUCCCCACCUGUUGUUUAAUCCUUAAAUCGACCCUCGAUCUGUUCGAUUCGCGUUAUUCUCUGUCUAUUGAUCCUUCUCUUGGCGCCAGCCGUUUUGUCUACGUAAUUCUGCGGUUUAAGGUUUCGUUUGUCAAUCUCCACCAUCGAAGCCUCCGAUUUCUCGAACUUGGCGUCGUUAAUAUUGAUUUCACAAUUUUGACGUUUCCCUCUAUCGAUCGAUUGUAAUAUUUUCGAUUUUGGUCAGGCCUGUGUAGUUUUAGGGUUUCGAAUCGUUCUGAUUGGUAAAGUUCGUUGGAUCUGUAAAUUGGUCGAGGGUUUUCGUAAGGUAUAUUGUCAGAUUGUUUCCUAUAUCUUUUGAUUGCAGUUCUGUUGAUUAUGGCGCAGAUUUGGGGAUCUGGAUUAGGGUUUAUGAAAUUUUUUUGAGGGCCUGUUUAUAUGCUGAAUUUUUUUGGGGAAAGUUAUAAUUCCAUUCAGAAUUGACGUUUACCUCGUUUAAUCAUUGUUUUUGAAGGUUCACUAGUAUAAUUGCAUGCAUAGACAUACGCUUAUUUUUGAGGGCCUGCAGUACACAUAAUUUUGUGUUUUUUUCGGAGAUAGUUCUUUUGGUAAACAAAAUCAAAUAAGCAAAAAAGGCAACCCAAAAAAGGUACCAAAUGGCCCUAAAGGAGUAUUUGUUCUACUUAAUUGCCAGUUGCAUUUGACUUUAUUACUUGAUGCCAAAACUGGUAGUUAUGCCACUGUCUGACGCGCUAUUACCGGAAAGGUGUCCAUGAGGUUGUGUAUUUUGUGACCCUUGCUGUUUCUAGACAUGAGGUCAGGUGAGGUAGUAGACUAUUUCGUUAGGUAAGCUGCCAAAUGUAAGAUUUUAGCACAGGCAAUGCUGUUCACAGUAUCAGUACCUCUCACUUCUCCAAUAUAGUGUAAUAUCUGUCCUAAUCAAUUUCGUUUUGUCUACGACUUCAAUACUAAAUGCCAAAAUUUAUCAUUAUGAUGUUUGUUGUUACCAUUAUUUCGUUGUGGUAUGCAUCAUCAGUAAUUGUUUGCAUGUUGGCCAUUACCCUGAUUUCAUCUAUGCGGUCCUUUGUGAAACCUAAUAAAAAUUUUUGUAUCCUAUUUCACUGUUAAAUUUUCAAACAUAUGCAGUAAGUGCCAAUGCCCUUUAUGCCUAGAUUUUGGACCUUGUCCAAAUUUAAAGAGGAUGCAUUCUGGUGUGUCCACAGUCCAAAAUCACAAAAUGCUCUUUUUUUUAUUAUUGCAGGUAACAUGGGAUUUAAAAGACCUUUUGAUGAGGAGGAGUUCCAGGAGUUUUCGUUUAAGCACCCAAAACAACAUGACACUGCCAAUAAGCUGACUUCAUUAGGAGAAAAUUGUUCUCCCAAUGAAGCAUCUAAGAAAUCUGAUAAUACAGAUGAGGGCAUCUUUUGCAAAUUUCAAUCUGGUGUGGGGCUUGAAAAUGAUAAUGUAAAUGGUUUCUCAGAUUUGGCUGACAAGGAGUUUGAGAACAGUGCACCUUCAUCAUGGGGCAGCAGCACUACUAGUGAGGAAGAUGCUGGAUCUGGGACAGCAUUUUGCCCAUCUUUUACUCCAGAAUAUUUUGAGUUUAACUUUCCAAGGCGAACUUUCAUUCAGUUGGGGGACGCCUACUCGUCAUUGCUGAAUUCUUCUCCAAGAAGAGAAGUUCCUCUUGGACCAGAUUAUCAGGCCGAUGUGCCAGUAUGGGAGCCAGGGGUAGUCAAGAAACAUCCUGUGGAUGGUGGUGACGUCGCUGGCGAUGACAAUGAGGAGCAAAUGAUGGGAGUUUGCGUUAUUUCAAUGCCCAACUUGAAUUCAUCUGCUUAUGAUGGUGUGAAGGCUGGAGAUGGCCGACGCGAUUGUAGCUGCCUGGAUCAAGGUUCUGUUAGAUGUGUGCGGCAACAUGUCAAGGAAGCACGGGAAAAAUUAAGAGAAACCAUUGGGUGUGAGAUCUUUGCUAAUUUGGGGUUCUCUGGCAUGGGAGAGGAGGUAGCACACAACUGGACAGAAAAAGAAGAACGGUUGUUUCAUGAAGUGGUUUAUUUUAAUCCCAUGGCACUUCACAGAAAAUUUUGGGAGCAACUUGCACUGAUGUUCCCAUCUCGAACAAAAAGGGAGCUUGUUAGCUAUUAUUUUAAUGUCUUCAUGCUUCAGAGGCGUGCUGUGCAGAACAGAUCUAACUUGCUGGAGAUUGACAGUGACAAUGAUGAAUGGCAGGGAAAUGAUGGAAGCUCCUUUGUAGUUGGAGGAGAAGAUGAAGACUCUGCAGUUGAGUCUCUUGUUGAUCAAGAUGUCUGGGUUACCCAUAAUGAAUCCCCAGAUGAAAGUGGCUAUGAUGAUGAGGAUGAAUAUGCUGAUGACGACAAUGAUGAUAGUAAUUGUGACGAGGAGGCUGGUGUGGCAGGUACUAUUGAGGGAAAUAGAGAAAGUGGUCAAGUGUCAAGGGCACAAAUCGAGAAGUUGCCUGAUAAAGGCAAGUUGGAUCUUAAGCUUCAUCAUAUGGAUAACAUUCCAGGGGGUAUCAUGGGGGAUUAUUCCAUUGUUGAAGAGGACUGGCAUAUGUCGUCCACGGACUCCCAUGGUCCAAAUGGUGCAAGCGAUGCCAUACAAGUGAGCGGUUCUAAUAAUGACCAUAAAACCUGCUUGCGUGGGAAAAAUUUUGGAUCAGAUGAUGGGUUUUGUACUGGAUAUUUAUUGGAACCUUGUGAUGCUAAGGUUUGGGAUUCCACAUAUUCAAUGGGUCUGUUGAAAGGUGUUGAUCUCCUACCCACAUGCAACAUUAUAGAGGAGAUAUUCGGACCAUGCACUUGGGACAACAAAUCGAGCAAUUCUAAGCAUUAGCUAAUGCUUAUCCAAGAUAGAACUUCCCAGUAUUUACCUUGAGAGUGUUUCACUGCACCCUUGGUGUGAGCCAAUAAUGCUGGCAAGAUCGUCAGUAGACCGGGCAACAGCCUCCGCUGCCUUGGAGCUUCCGGUUUUGACUAUGUACAUUCAUUCUGUGAAUUAUUGUGUGUGGGCGAACGUUGCAGAAAUCUUACUGCUUAGGCGUCAACCCUGAUUUUGUUGUCUCUUUAUAGAAAUCUUUUGUUUUUUGUUAAACUAGGACUCUUUUUUUUAUGGUGAUUCAUAGUUUUGAUUCUUGUAAAUACUCUUGACUAGUGUUAUGCACUUAUGCCUGUCAUUAGCACCUGUACUGCCUUGUCAACAGAUGAAAAAGGGUAAAGGGAGAACAUAGGACAAUGAAUGAAAUGUUGAG